AUGGCCGAGAGCUGGGAGGCUCUCGAUGCCCUGGAGAAUCUCAACAUCGCAGGGGAUGGUGAAGGCAACGGACAUGCCCCCGAGGCGCAGGAGCAGCAGCAGCAGCAGCUCGAGGAGGUGCUGCAAUUGGAGGGCACGGUGGAGAGUUUUGUGACCCAGGGCGAGGAGGAGACGCUGGAGUUCCCGCCAAACGGCUCCAACUACCAGAGGAUGCUGAUGCACAAGGUGGCGCAGCACUACAAGCUGCAGACGUACACCACCGGGGCAGCCGUGGCGGGCCAGGGCCAAGUCGUGGCCAAGCGCACCAAAUGGGCCGAGGUGCCGCAGGUCAAGCUGUCAGAUCUGCCCUGCAAGCCGCGCUCCCCCGGCCCCAUCCCCUCUGCGGUUGCGGCCUCCCCCGGCGCCGCCGCCGCCGCCGGCCCGAAAGCCCUGGUGCGGCGCCCCUGGAGUGGCAGCAGCCUCAGCCGCGACGGCGCCGCCAACGGCGGCGGCUACGGCGGCGGCGGUCCCGCCAAGAGCCACCAAGAGCGGGUUGAGGAUUACAACGCGGCCAGGGAGCGUCUGCUUGGCAAGGGCGGCCCCGCGGGCCGCGGCGGCGGCGGCGGCGGCGACCCCCAGCAGCAGCACGAGCAGCAGUUUGAUCAGCAGCAGCAGCAGCAGCAGCCGCACCACCAGCACCACUCGCCGCCGCGUGCUGGCGCCGGCUCGCCCGCGGCGGCAAACGGCAACGGCCACUACCACCCGGGGCCCCACGCGGGCGGCGCGCAUUACCAGCAGCAGCAGCAGCAGCAGCCUCAGCCGCACGGCGGCUACGCCCCCGGCGGCGGCGGCGGCGGCGGGCCCGUGCCGAACGGCUACGCCGGCGGCAAGGCCGUGUAUCGACGGCGGCGGCGACGGGGGGAUGUACAACGUGCCGACGUAUAG